CAGCCCGACGAGGCCAACCAGAGGCCAUAUUGGAAUCUAGUCGGCUUACACUUGGAUGGCACUGAGUGUCUGCCGUUCUGGUAGUCUCUAAAAAUCAUCUUCCAAACUUAUAUCGGAGUAUUCUUACACGACAUUCCCCUCAAGAGCCUGCCAGUUCUGAAAGGCACGUUGUCUCCGUGUUGUUGUGGAAAGAAUGAGUCCAACCGAUGCUAAACGAGGAGCUAAACGUAGGAAGAACAAGCGGGGCGGUGGCAGUAGCUGCAGUACUGUCUGCAACAGCAGCAGUGGCAAGGCCGGGGUUGUCUCGGCCCUAUGUUCUCAAGGAACGACAACACCUGUCCCUGCAGUUCCAAUGAACAAUAGUCUCACACCACAGUUCACAGAGGGGCCAGUCAAUGCUGACUUCUCAGGCGUCCUUCAGACCCCAUUCACCUUCGGUCUGAACCAGCGGGCACCCUACACGUCCGGUGACCGAUGCCUCUUGUGCCGCUGUGAACGCAAAGAAAGUGUCUUACAGUCUGAGACGGAGGGCUGCGGCCAGAAUGGCAGUGACCAGCCCACAAAGAACCCCAGUGCCCUACAGCUGCCCCUGUGGGUCUGUCCUGACUGCAGGCGCACGGUGGAGAAGGAGGACCGACAAACCGCUCUGGAGCAAUCGCUUGGGAGUCAGGACUUCCUUUUACACAUGCCUGUGGGUAAUGGAGGCCUGGUGCAGGAGCCCGCCCCCGCGGACAGACUGACCACUGCAGCGCCCGCCCUACCCAUGCUCCCGGCCCCCGACCUCACCACGCCAAUGACUGCAGACACUGUGUGCAGCUGUGAAGCCUGCAACGAAAGACGGGAGAUCUCGGCCGAGUCGGAGAGGGAGUCCCAGCAGCUGCAGAACCACUGGUCGGAGGUGAGGUACCUGGUGCGCUGCAUCUACCGGCAGACGGGAACCCCUCUGGGAGAGGACCACGACCAGCCGCUGGACAGAGACAAGGAGGGCAUGAAGGAGCUUGUGGAUAGGCUGUGUGAGAAGGACCCCUACCAGCUGUACCAGCGGCUGGAGCAGCAGGCCCGCGAGUACGUCCUGGAGAUGAAGGUGCGGCUGCUGAAGCACCUGUCUGCUGGCUCCAAGGCCGGGGCCGCGGUGGUGGUGGGGUCCGGGGCAGCAGCAGCAGCCCAGGGCCCGCCCCAGGCCCACCAGUUCGUCUCCCUGCUCCUGGACGAGUACAAUGCUCUCUGCCAGGCCGCACGCAGCAUCAGCAGCUUCCUGCUCACUCUGGAGAAUGAACACCUCCAGAAGUUCCAGGUGACGUGGGAGCUGCACAACAAGCACCUUUUUGAGAACCUGGUGUUCUCUGAGCCAAUCUUGCACAGCAGUUUACCUGCACUGGUUGCACAGCUGAAACAGGGCUCGUCCUCUCAUGACUCAUACAGCGAGGACAUGUACGGCGCCCUGCUGGAGAGCUACCAGCAGCUGCAGCAGGACAUGGCCGCGGUGGCAGCCAAGUGGCAGCAGUGCGAGAGGAGGAUCGAUGACUACGUGGACGAGCAGCUGCUUUUUAAGGUGGAGGGUCAGAAUCUAACCAAUCAACGAACAGAGCCACACAAGUCUUUGAUUAGUAAAAACACACUGAAAACAAAACAGCAGAUGCUUAAAGAAGAUUGGGAGUUUUUUAAGCAAAGAAGAUUCAUAGAAGAGCAGUUAACGAACAGUAAAAAGUCCACUCCGGGGGAUAACUUCGAAGACACAAUGAGGAUGCUCUCCUCUCGGCUCAGCAUCCCAGAUUGUCCAAACUGCAAUUACCGAAGAAGGUGCACCUGUGACGACUGUAGCCUCUCCCACAUCCUCACCUGCGGCAUCAUGGACUCCCCGAUGGCCGAGGACCUCCACAUCAAGCUGCCCAUACACGGGGAGCCGCCCCGGGGCUACCUGGCCGAGGUGCACCCCCCCAGCCUGUCCUCCGGUAGCUCGGCCUCGGGCUCCAACUCCAGCUCCCCGGUCACCGUCCAGCAGCACCCCCGCCUCAUGCUGCCCCAGGGAGACACGCACAACUUCAUCAGCGACGACGACGAAGGACCGCCGAUGUCCACCAAGUUCGGGGACGUGUACGCCAUGGGUGCCUACGAGGACCACAGCGUCGUCACGGGCGCCGUGAACGGCCUGCACGCCGACCUGAACGGGGGAGGGGAGAGCGCAGAGCUGAAGGGUCUGAGCAGCAGCAGCAGCUCCUCGGAGGGCGAGGAGGAGGAAGAGGAGGAGGCUGACGGAGGGGGCGCCGGCGAGCCCCCCGGGCGUCCAAUGGACCACCCCUCUGGGACGGGCAACAGCCCCCCUCCCUCCUACAACCACCAGCUGGUAGAGCAGGCCCAGCACGCCUGCCAGUGCCACGUCUGCAGCCAGGAGCCCGGCUCCACCUCCUCCUCCUCCGCCCUGCACUCCAGCCGCCUCCAGACCCCCGGCCCCCCGCCCGCGUUCGGACAGCAGUUCUUCACGGACACCAAGGCCCCCUCCGCCCACCCCGCGCUCCACCUCUACCCGCACAUCCACGGCCACCUGCCCCUGCACAACCUGUCCCACCUGCCCCGGCCGCUGCUCCACCCCACCCUCUACCCCCCCAGCUCGCCCCUCACACACAACAAGCCCCUCCCUCCGGCCCCCUCAUCGAACCACUCUGCGGCCAAGCAGCCGGCCUUCAGCCCCUCCCUCCCGGACCACGUCUACCAGAACUGCUUCGGUGCGGCGGGGGGCGGCACCGGGGACUGGAACAGCUCGCUGCAGUGCCUCUCGCUCAAGUUCGAGAACCUGUGGGACGCCGCAGUGAUGAAGAGCCUCAACACCUCCAUGCUGCUACCAGAGUCCCUUCCCGGUGACAUGCUCAGGCCCCCCCUCCCCGACGUGCCCCUCCCCCAGCCCACCUACAUCGGCGCCCACCGGGACGGCCUCUCGCUGGCCGCUCCUCUACCUCCUCCCUCCUGCUCCUCGUCCUCCUCGUCCUCCUCCUGCUCCACCUCCUCCAUGAUGGAGGCCAAGGAGCAGAAGAAGAGCGGCGCCAAGAAGAAGUGUCUGUACAACUUCCAGGACGCCUUCCUGGAGUCGCACCGCGUGGCCAUGGCCACCUCGGGCUCCACAGCCUCAGUGUCCUGCACCGCCACCACUGUGCAGUCAAGUAAUAACCCCACCCUCCACCUCUCAUCCAAAAGACCCAACUCUUUAGACGACGUGUUCCACAGUCUAGGCAAAGAGGACCACCGGCUACCCAGCCCGGUCGCCCCCAGGAACAGCCCCACGGGCCUGGCCUCCCUCCCCCUGCUCUCAGGUCCCAGCCUGCCCACGGCGCCCAACACCCACCUGCCCGCCAUGGGCUCGCAGCCCUUCCCGAGGAUGCCCACCCCCGCCCCCGGGUUCCUGGAGGCCCACCACCAGGGCCUGUGCCUCUCGCCCGCCGAGCCCCCCGCCCCCUCCAUCGACGGCCCCGUCAGUGCCCCGCCCAGCGUAUGCAGUGAUCCGGACUGCGAGGGCCAUCGCUGCGAGGGCAACGGGGCCUACGAGCACCAGCCCUACGACGGGGAGGAGAGCCAGGACGAGGACAGCUGCUCCGAGCACAGCUCCUCCACCUCCACCUCCACCAAUCAGAAGGAGGGAAAGUACUGUGACUGCUGCUACUGCGAGUUCUUUGGUCACGGAGGGCCCCCGGCGGCCCCCACCAGCCGUAACUACGCCGAGAUGCGGGAGAAGCUGCGCCUGCGCCUCACCAAGCGGAAGGAGGAGCAGCCCAAGCGGGAGGAGCAGCAGCCGGUGGUGGAGCGGGACGGGGGCGUGGAGGACCACCGGCGCGUGGAGGACCUGCUGCAGUUCAUCAACAGCGCCGACAGCAAGCCCACCUCCAGCUCCAAGGCGGCCAAGAGGGCCCGGCACAAACAGAAGAAGCUGGAGGAGAAGGCCCGGCAGGAGGUGGAGGCCCGCGAGCGCGAGGAGCAGCUCCUGGAGGACGAGCGGCGGCGGCGGCAGCAGCAGGACGAGGAGGAGGCGGAGCUCCAGCGGGAGCUCCUCCGGCUGCAGGAGCUGCAGCACCUGCGCGCCGCCAAGAAGAAGCGGCGGGAGCGCGCCAAGGAGAACACGGCGCCGCCGCAGAACAGCCCGCAGCCCCUGAGGCAGACGGCGCAGAACGUCCUGGAGAACCUCCACAACGGCAAGUCGCAGCUCCUCCACGGGCUCAUCCGCCUACCCGGCCACAAGGAGCCCCGCUUCGAGGCCACGCCCCCGCCGCCACCGCCGCCGCCGCAGCUCCACAAGCAGCACAUCCCAAAGAGCCCCCGGGAGAAGGCCACGCCUCCGGCCCCAGGCUCCCUGCCCUCCCUGCCCGCCUCCCCGCUCCUCAACGGCACCGCGCCGGCGUCGCACCCGGAGCUCCACGGCAAGGCCCAGGUCCGCUCGGCCUCCCGGACGGCGUGCUGCGAGGCGGCGGUCCGGAAGACGCCGGAGAAGCCCCGGGGCUGUGACGCGGCCGGGCCGCUGACCAACGGCACCGCGCCCGCCACCUCCGCCGCCGCGCCCCACACCAAAGCAACGCAACCCAGGGCCGCCGCGGAGGCUCUGACCCCCCUCCCCGCCGCGGCCCAGCCCGGAAGAGAGGACCCGCAGCAGCUCCACCACCAACACCAUCACCUCCUCCACCACCACCACCGGGUCGGCAGCGGGAAGAGGCAGCACCAGAGCCACGCCCCCCCAGCGCCGCCUCCUCCUCCUCCCCCUCCUCAUCAGCCCCAUUACCCCCAGGUGAGGGAGGAGAGAAGGAGCCCACCUGUGUUGAACCACCGCCACCACUCAUCCUCCUCCUCAUCGUCACCCCCGCUGCCGCCGCCGCCGCCGGCCGGCCAAUCGGAGCAGCCCCAGCAGAACGGCAAGCCCCCCAAGGCGGAGUCGCCCCAGCCCAAAGGCAAGGCCAAGAAGAACAAGAAGAAGAAGGGGGACAAGAUGAACAGCUCCAUUGACGACGUAUUCCUGCCAAAAGACAUCGAUCUGGAUAGCACUGAAAUGGAUGAGACUGAGAGAGAGGUUGAGUAUUUCAAAAGGUUCUGCUUGGACUCUGCCCGUCAGACCCGCCAACGGCUUUCAAUCAACUGGUCCAACUUUAGUCUAAAGAAAGCAACGUUCGCCGCACACUGAGGACGUCUCAUGGCAUCUCCUUUGACAAGGGAAUGGGCUGGUUCGCUGGUCUCCUCUACCUGCCUCCCAGCCAGCUUAACUUAAGAGAGAGGUGGAAGACUCAAUACUUGACUGUUUUUUUUUUUUUUUCUUGGUUCACUUGACAAACUGUUCAGUUAAUGUACCAGUUACAAAAAUGAUUUAAAUUUUUAUUUGUUUUGUUUUAUUUGUUUUUGGAUUAUUAUUAUUAUAUUGUUAUUAUUAUUAUUAUUAUAGCCAGCUUGUAUCAGAAUACUUUCAGAAUGGAAUUCACGCUAUCAAUCUGUUAUAGAGUGUAUAUUGUAUUAACACUGAGGCCAGACUGGCUACCUUUUAACAUAUUGUUAAGUAAUAUUAAAUCUUGUCUUUCUUUUUUGAAAGAUGGAAUACAAGUAGUAUAGCAGGAUACGUGUCUUGUGUCAAACCUUAUUUCCAGCACACGUUGACAAUAAAAGGCAUGUGCACUUUAAAGAGCGCUCAUAUUGAGACGGUGACGAGCUGUUGAUACUGCACACGGGGCCCACUCCACUUUAGCCCCUUUUCUCGGGUUCAUUGCUGUUGACGAGGGAAUCGGGCUUUAAAGUUCAGUGUUUAGCAAAGCACACAUUUGUUGUCCGACCGCAGCACUGCUCACACCUCAUUUGGUCAUGUAUAUGUGUGUACCGGUGGCUCCUAUGAUGUAUUAAAGUAGUAUAUACUGUAGAUGCCACCCUUACACACAUGUAUAAAACAUGUGGUCCUUGUGUGAAGUUUUAAUUUUUUGGGAUUAGUAACGCAUUCAAUUACAGUGCAAUUUCUUAUUGGUAACCUGAUUUGUUGAAAACGAUGACGUUACAAUGACAAAGCAUUCUUCUCUAGGAGUGAGUCAGCUGUUUUAAAGUUUUUCCCUUUUGUUUCCAGCAGCCCUUUAAGAAGGGAAUUUCACCGAGAAACUACCAGACUUAAUUAAUUAGAGGAAAUGGUGGAACACACUAUGCUCUCAGAACAAAAGGUUUUGGUCUUGUAAGAACACACAGUGUGAGUCAUGGUUAAGAUCAGGUGUGUGUGUGACAAGGAUCAAUCACUUGGGUCACAUGUUAUACGCCAAAUUAAUUUUUAGGGCUUGGGUUGAUAAGUGGGUCACGAGUAGAUCGUUUUGAAUGAAUUAAAUACUUUUAGAAUAAAGUAAUUAUGCUUCAAUAUUUAAUUAUAUCCUAUAAAUUACGUCAUGUCUCAUUUUGCUGGGUUAUUUCGAAAUGUUGACAUCUGUCUUGGUAGAAAAACACAUUAUGGCGCAAUAGACCAACAUCAUUUUCAGUCUUGGCAGACUGUCAAUGAUACGGGGAAUGAUACUACAGCAUGAUUGUACGGGUACAAUGUCCUCUAGGUUUAUAGACCAAUUUGGAGGGGUUUUUACUUUUGGACUUCCCAUGGCUGUCUGGAGCUUGUAAUUAGCAAUGGGAACUUUUUGAUUGUCGGUACCCUGAAGCAUUUCAGGAUCAUAUUUCCAUCCAUCGUGGAACCCCUCCCCCUUACUGUCCUCCCUGGGAUAUGGCAAGAAUGUAUACAACCAAAGUCUAUAUCCAUAGACUACAUCAGUUUACAACCAGCGUCAGCCAUUGAAGUUGGACGGCUGCUCUAGGGAAUUCCCUGGUGAUUACAAUGUUCAAGCACAACAGUCCCCUUUUGUGGUGCUUGUAGGUCUACAGUCAGCUACAGGAACUGAUUUUACCACCAGUCAUCUGACUUAUAUUUAUAACUUUCAGAAAGGUCCAACAGCCCCAGA